AUGGAUCGAUAUUCACCCCUGCCCGGCAAAUACGAGCAGCCACCAAGUGAAUACUCCAGUCGAUACGCCAAUAUUGGUUACGGCACGCUACCUAACCAACGCUACAGCGAGCAAACGAUUCUCUCUGCCGAUCCGCAACGCUCCGAUGAUUCCUCGAAUAACGGUGGUACGCUGUCGCCGAUGAAUGAUGGGACUGUUAGAUACGUCUUCGAUGAAAGAUCCCGUACCCACGUGCCGCAUGUCAUUAGUAAUGGCAGUAGCUCGGAAACGGCGACUGAAAACGACACCGGGGUGUACGCGUACGGUACGCUGCCGGAAAUCAGGGGCACUAGGAUUGGGCAGGGCGUCAUGCCGGUUAGAGAGACCGUAAUCGACGAUAUUCCGGUUGCUCCACCUAGGCCGCACCAUGGGACGGUCGAAAUUAUUGGAGGAAAUGAUCGUGAAGUACUCGUUGACGACGCCUUCCAACGCGAUUCCAACUCCAGGCUAUCGCAGCACCAUCUGAAGGGAGUUAGCCAACAACGGACGAGUACAACACAGUCGAGUACUGUGACCUACGCAAAUCACGAGCAUCGAGCAACGCUGGCUAAUGACGAUCGGCCUCCCGUUGACGGUACAGGAGAGCGGAUAUCCCAAAUGUACUCGCAGAUCCAGAAACCACCACCACCCCAAGUGCCGCAGCAUGGAACACGAGUCGAGUCCGAAAUCCGCGAGGCGGCGUACGGCUCGGUGUCAAUGCGUGAGACCAGUGGAAGGACCGUUAGGAGGGCUCCUGAACGUGUCGUCAACUCUGGAGUUGAGCAGGAGAUGGCGACUCGUGAGGAGAUGUUGCGACGGACGGCCCAAGACGCCCAGCGCGACAGCUACCUGGAGCGAAUGGCCCCAUCGGUGCCAAGACCUGUGCCAAUGCCCCGAAAUGGGUCUCAUCCCCCGACACCUGACCGGAAUCAGCAUCAACAAUGGACCGGGUCUCAACAGCAAAUCUCAUCCCAGCACCAGCAACAAACUACCAUCACCAGUACGACACGCACCGACCAGCACGGCAGGAAUACGGUCAUGAUCCCGGAGCAAAUCCGAGACAGUGGUUCGCCAGUGACGUAUCGGAUUGGAUUGGGGCAGAAACAGACGACGACCACCACGGAUCAGGUGCAACGAUGGGGCCCCGAAAUCCCGGCCUACCAUGAACGGUACCCAGACCCCACCCAGAGACCUGGAUACGAACCACCCCCAAGGCAUCUGGCCGAGGAGGAGGAGACGGACGAUUGGAGUGAUGAGGGACAGGAUAGGCAUGGACGGGUUAUCACUGACACGACGGUCACACAAAGACGUGUGGAGCACCAGGGCCAUCGACCGAGCCCCAUCCAACCGCCACCCCCAAACGUCCAAUAUGAUAACGAUCCGAGGAGUCCGAGCGACCGCGUCUACCCGAGCACCCCGAAACACGACCCAUUGAGAAACCCUUUGCUGGAAGGGCAGCACGAUGAUCCGAACGCGAGGAGGAGGAAAGAGAUGGAGAAACGGAAUCCACUGCUAGCGUGUUGCCCAUGUUGCGGGGAUCCAGAUCCCGAGGCGGAUGCGGCGGGGCGGAGCAACGCGCUUUGCCCGCCCGUCUCGACGUGUACUGUAUGCCGGGGUGCAAGAAAUCGCUUCGACUUCCUACUACUCAACCCACGAGCCACCGUG